CAGGCUUUCGCAUCUCCAAACUCAUCGACGGCAGCAGCCGUUACAUUCAUCACAUUCGUGCAAGACCUCAAAAAGAAAUCCAAGACUUGGGGUCCACUUAUAGACCUUUGUGCCAAUGGCGAGAAGACAUUAGAACGCUUUCGAUACCAGUUUCCGGAUGACUGGUUAUAUAGUGACCAGUUGCGAGGAGAGUGGAGCGCGUACAAUGAGAUUCUGAAGAGGAAGAACGACUCGAUUCAGGAGCAGCUUGCUGGUUUGCAACUGAAAAUUGUCGCUGAGGAUAAGAUCGUUGAGAAUAAAAUCAAUGAUAUUAUUAGCGAGUGGGAACAGACACGUCCAGUACAAGGCAACCUGCGAGCGGACACCGCUAUGAACACCAUAAGUGUGUUCGAAGGGAAGCUCAAUCGUGUCCAGGAGGAAUACGACCUCGUGUGCCGAGCGAAGGAAGCUCUUGACCUUGAACUGACGCGUCACACGCGUCUGGAGCCCGUGUUCGAGGAGCUGCGUGACUUGAAGGCGGUCUGGACUGCAUUGUCUGGCAUCUGGGCACAAAUCAACGAGCUCAGGGAUAUUGCAUGGGCGAGCGUGCAGCCGCGUAAACUCAGAGAGCAGCUGAACGGUCUACUGAACUCUACGAAAGACAUGCCAACCCGUAUGCGUCAGUAUGCUGCGUUCGAGUACGUUCAGGAGACACUGCGUGGUCUUCUGAAGAGCAACAUCGUCGUUGGAGAGCUCAAGUCGGAAGCCCUCAAGGAUAGGCAUUGGAAACAGCUAUUCAAGGUCCUUCGCAUGUCACCAGUCAUGCUAACAACUAUGACUCUUGGAAAUGUUUAUGAUAUGGAUCUGAAGAAGAAUGAAUCUCUCAUUAAGGAGGUCAUUAUUCAGGCCCAGGGAGAGAUGGCGCUUGAAGAGUACAUUAAACAAGUCAAAGAAACUUGGACAUCCUAUGCGCUUGAUCUUGUCAAUUACCAGAAUAAGACCAGGCUUAUCCGUGGCUGGGACGACCUCUUCACCAAAUGCAGUGAAAACCUUAAUUCCCUAACAGCCAUGAAGCUGUCUCCAUAUUAUAAAGUUUUCGAAGAAGAUGCGGCAUCCUGGGAAGAUAAACUGAAUCGAAUUCAUGUUCUUUUCGAUGUCUGGAUCGACGUACAACGUCAAUGGGUUUACCUUGAGGGUAUCUUCUCCGGAAGCGCCGACAUCAAGCAUCUGCUUCCUGUCGAAUCGAAUCGAUUCCAGAGUAUUAAUUCAGAGUUCUUGACUGUUAUGAAGAAGGUCAACAAGACUCCGUACGUCGUCGAGGUCUUGAAUAUUCCGGGAAUCCAGAAGUCCCUAGAGCGUCUUGCGGAUUUGCUGAGCAAGAUCCAGAAGGCUUUGGGAGAGUACCUCGAGCGAGAACGUGCAUCUUUCCCUCGUUUCUAUUUUGUCGGGGACGAGGACCUUCUCGAGAUUAUUGGUAACUCAAAGACUAUCGUCAGAAUCAUGAAACAUCUGAAAAAGAUGUUUGCGGGCAUUGCCACUAUGAUGUUGGACGAGGACGAAACCCAGAUUUCUGGAAUUGCUUCUCGCGAAGGAGAGGAGAUUUUCUUCAGGACUCCCAUCAUCCUAAAGGAUUAUCCGAAAAUUAACGACUGGCUGUCAAAGCUAGAGUCUGAAAUGCGGAACAACCUCGCUUAUCUCCUAUGCGAUGCUGUCGAGGAAUUGCAAGGGUUCUACGGGCACGAAACUCUAUUCACGGCGGAGACCUUCAUCCAGUGGGUAGAAAAGUAUCCUGCUCAGCUCGUGUCUCUUGCCAUUCAAGUAGCAUGGACUGCCUCUGUUGAGAGCUGCCUCGAGCAAAGUCAGACCCCAGAUGCACCCCUCGAGAUCGUCCGCCGCGGAUUGGACCUCCUCGCAGAUUUGGUACUCACGGAUUUAAAUCCCAUUACUCGAAGGAAAUGCGAGCACUUGAUCACCGAACUCGUUCAUGAACGUGAUGUUAUCCGCUCGUUAGUUCAGCAAGGUAUCACUGAUAGCAAAGCCUUCGCGUGGCUCUACCAGAUGCGAUUCUAUCUUGACCAGACUUUGGCGAACCCAUUGGACAGGCUUGCAAUUAAAGUAGCUAAUGCGACGUUCCCAUACGGAUGGGAGUACCUUGGAGUACCCGAUAGGCUUGUCCAGACGCCAUUGACGGACAGGUGCUACUUGACUCUGACACAAGCUCUCGACGGCCAGUUGGGUGGCUCUCCUUUCGGUCCCGCUGGAACAGGGAAGACGGAAUCGGUCAAGGCCCUUGGCGUGCAGCUGGGACGCUUCGUACUGGUCUUCUGUUGCGACGAAACGUUCGACUUCCAAGCUAUGGGUCGCAUUUUCGUGGGUCUAUGCCAAGUUGGUGCAUGGGGGUGCUUUGACGAAUUUAAUCGUCUUGAGGAGCGUAUCCUCAGUGCUGUUUCUCAACAAGUCCAAACGAUCCAGCAGGGUCUUGCAUCAUUAGCAAAGAAUCCGCAAACCGAGAUCGAGCUUGUCGGGAAGAACCUCAAGAUUAACCCAAACAUCGGGAUCUUCAUCACUACGAAUCCUGGCUACGCUGGCCGUACAGCUCUACCUCCUAACUUAACCAAGCUCUUCAGGCCAAUGGCUAUGACACGUCCAGACCGCGAGCUUAUUGCCCAGGUGAUGCUUUUCUCGCAGGGCUUUAGGACUGCGGAAGUUCUUGCUUCAAAGAUCGUUCCUUUCUUUAACCUUUGUGACGAGCAACUCUCACCUCAGCCGCAUUAUGACUUUGGCCUUCGUGCCUUGAAAGCUGUUUUAGCUAGUGCUGGUAUUCUUAAGCGAGAGCGUCUUCUUAAUGCUCGUAAUGGAGAAGGGGAUGUCGCGGGUCUUUCAGAUGCUAUCCAAGAACAGGUCAUCCUCAUUCAGAGUGUGACCGAGACCAUUGUGCCGAAGCUGGUGGCUGAUGAUGUGCCGCUGCUCACGAGCCUGCUCGCCGAUGUGUUCCCAGGAGUUGAUUAUGUUCCUGUCGACUUGGAAGCUUUGCGAGAGCAAAUAAUGAAAGUCUGUGCGGAACGGCGCCUCGUACCAGGGGAACGCUGGAUAGCCAAGAUUCUACAACUUUAUCAGAUUCAAAAGAUCCAGCAUGGUUUGAUGAUGGUCGGUCCUUCUGGCAGUGGCAAAACAAAUGCUUGGAAGGUGCUAUUAGCUGCGUUGGAACGUCUCGAUGGUGUCGAAGGCGUUGCGUACGUCAUUGACCCUAAGGCAAUCCACAAGGAAGAUUUGUAUGGUACAUUGGAUCCGACAACACGCGAAUGGAAUGAUGGUCUCUUCACUCAUAUCCUGCGCAAGAUUGUCGAUGAUGUCCGUGGAGAAAGUGGCAAGCGCCAUUGGAUUAUAUUCGAUGGUGAUGUCGACCCAGAAUGGGUAGAGAACUUGAAUAGUGUUCUGGACGAUAACAAGCUCCUGACGUUGCCGAAUGGAGAACGUCUUAAUCUUCCCCCGAAUGUUCGCAUUAUGUUCGAAGUUGAGCACCUGAAAUAUGCGACGCUCGCUACUGUCAGUCGAUGUGGUAUGAUUUGGUUCAGUGACGACGUAGUGGAGCCGAGUAUGGUCUAUCGACACUAUUUGGAUACCCUCUCAAACGUCCCACUCGACGCGGAUGAAGACGAGACCUUCGAACCUGCCGCAUCUAGACGCGCUGAUGCUGUUACAACCGAUUCGUCUGACUCGCCCAACCUUCGUACACAGCGGGAAAUUGCUGGAAUCCUCGAGCAAUACUUUGCAGAUGGCGACAUUAUCAGCUCUGCGCUGUCGUAUGCUGAGUCUAUCGACCACAUUAUGGACUUCACAGCCACGAGGGCCUUGAACACACUUUUCUCCUUGAUCAACAAGACGGCUCGUAACGUCCUGGAAUACAACAUUCAGCACGCGGACUUCCCAUUAAGUCACGAGAAGGUUGAACAAUAUGUGACGAAACGACUACUUGUCAACAUUAUCUGGGCUUUCUCCGGUGACGCUCGACUCGACCUUCGAGCCGACUUAGGCGAUUUCUUGCGAAAGCAGACCGGCAUUGAUUUACCUUUGUUGACCCCUGGCAGUUCACUCAUUGAUUACGAUGUGCAAGUUGCGACCGGUGAAUGGAUUGCCUGGUCAUCUCGGGUCCCUGUCAUUGAAAUUGAGGCUCACGCUGUCACGGCAUCGGAUAUCGUGGUACCAACUAUUGAUACUGUUCGUCAUGAAGAGGUCUUGUAUUCAUGGCUUUCCGAGCACAAGCCAUUGAUGCUCUGUGGUCCGCCGGGAUCUGGUAAGACCAUGACACUCUUUAGCGCACUUCGGAAGCUUCCAGAUAUGGAAGUUGUUGGCCUUAACUUCUCCAGUGCAACGACACCAGAGCUCAUCCUGAAGACCUUCGAGCAAUAUUGUGAAUACAGGAAGACACCUAAUGGCGUAAUCCUUUCGCCCGUCCAAAUUGGGAGAUGGCUGGUCGUCUUCUGCGACGAGAUCAACUUGCCAGCAACUGACAAGUAUGGUACACAGCGAGUUAUUUCUUUCCUCCGCCAGCUUGUGGAGUGCGGAGGAUACUAUCGGACUGCGGACAUGGCGUGGGUCAGGCUUGAAAGAAUUCAGUUUGUUGGCGCUUGCAAUCCACCCACCGAUCCUGGUCGUGUUCCCCUUUCUCAUAGAUUCUUGCGCCAUGCUCCACUCGUCAUGGUUGAUUACCCUGGAGAAAUCUCAUUGAAGCAGAUUUAUGGUACUUAUAACCGAGCCAUGCUCAAGGUCGUCCCGACCUUGCGUGCUUAUGCAGAGCCCCUUACCGACGCAAUGGCGACUUUCUAUUUGGAAUCACAAAAACGGUUCACAACAGAUAUGCAAGCGCAUUACAUUUACAGUCCUCGUGAACUGACACGCUGGGUUAGAGGUAUAUACGAAGCCAUCAAACCUUUGGAGAUGCUGUCCGUUGAAGGUCUGGUGCGAGUCUGGGCUCACGAAGCUCUCCGUCUCUUCCAGGAUAGGCUAGUCUCAGAGGACGAAAAGGUGUGGACCGAUGAAAACAUUAAUAGUACUGCCAUGCAGUACUUCCCAACGAUAAAUCAGGGAGAAGCGCUGUCGAGACCGAUAUUGUUCUCAAACUGGACUUCCAAGCAUUAUGUGCCAGUCGAUCGCGAAAUCCUGCGAGACUACAUUAAAGCUCGCCUCAGGGUCUUCCACGAAGAAGAGCUUGAUGUACAGCUUGUUCUGUUCAAUGAUGUUUUGGACCAUGUUCUUCGUAUCGACCGUGUCUUCCGUCAGAUCCAGGGACAUCUGCUUUUGAUCGGUGUGAGCGGUAGUGGCAAGACGACUUUGUCUCGUUUCGUUGCUUGGAUGAAUGGUCUGAGCAUUUUCCAGAUUAAGGUUUCGAAUAAAUACACAGGAGAAGACUUCGAUGAAGACCUGCGUACAGUGCUCCGAAGAGCAGGUUGUAAAGGAGAAAAGAUUUGCUUCAUCAUGGAUGAGUCGAACGUUCUAGACUCGGGUUUCCUGGAGAGGAUGAACACACUUCUCGCCAACGCCGAAGUCCCGGGUCUGUUUGAAGGAGACGAACAUUCUGCCUUGAUGACUGCUUGCAAGGAAGGAUCACAACGAGAUGGUCUUAUGCUCGACUCACAUGAAGAGCUGUACAAGUGGUUCACUCAGCAAGUGGCAAAGAAUUUGCACGUUGUCUUCACGAUGAAUCCCCCAGAGAACGGGCUUGCCUCGCGCGCCGCGACUUCCCCUGCUCUUUUCAACCGUUGCGUCCUUGAUUGGUUUGGUGAUUGGCCCGAUCAAGCAUUUUAUCAAGUCGGUUCCGAGCUUACGACCACGUUGGACCUCGACCUUCCUGCAUACAAACCUCCGCAGUUCUUCCCCAUCGCCUACCGACAGCUAUCUUUGCCACCAACGCACCGUACGGCUGUCGUAAAUGCUCUUGUUUAUAUCCACCAGUCAUUGUACCAGAUCAACAAGAAGCUGAGUAGGCGCCAAGGACGGUAUAACUACGUAACGCCCAGACAUUACCUUGAUUUCAUCUCCCAGUACGUCCGGUUGUAUAACGAGAAACGGGAUGAACUCGAGGAACAGCAGCGCCAUCUGCAUGUCGGUCUUGAUAAGCUCAAGGAUACAGUGACGCAGGUUGAAGAGCUCCGAAAGAGUCUUGCCAUUAAGAGAAGGCAACUCGAGGCGAAGAAUGCGGAGGCAAACGAAAAACUUCAACGCAUGGUCUCCGACCAGCAGGAAGCUGAGCAAAAGAAGGCUGCGUCUAUCGAGAUCCAAGCCGCACUAGUUGAGCAGGACAAACACAUCGAACAGAGGCGAAGUAUUGUUAUGGCCGACCUUGCGGACGCUGAACCAGCUGUACUUGAGGCUCAAUCUGCUGUUGGGAAUAUUAAGAGGCAGCAUCUGCAGGAAGUGCGAGCCAUGGCUAAUCCACCUGAGGCGGUGAAACUAGCUAUGGAGUCGGUCUGCACAGUUCUUAGUCACAAGAUCGACAGUUGGCGAACUGUCCAAGGUAUCAUUCGGCGCGACGAUUUCAUCCAGAGGAUCGUCAACUUCGAUACGAACGCUCAAAUGACGAAGCCAAUGCGAGAACUCAUGAAACGCGAAUACCUUGCCCGUCCGACAUUCAACUUCGAGACGGUAAAUCGCGCCAGUAGAGCCUGCGGUCCGCUUGUGAAAUGGGUCCUCGCACAGGUUCGGUUCUCUGAGAUUUUGGACAGGGUUGAACCUCUCCGGAAUGAGGUCCAGUCGCUCGAGGAACAAGCUGAGGACACGAAGAAACAAGCAGAGACGAUUAUUGCCAUGAUAGCGGAGUUGGAAGCUAGUAUCCGUACCUACAAGGAGGAAUACGCACUUCUUAUUAGCGAGACCCAGUCUAUUAAAGCGGAAAUGGAAAGGGUCGAGAAUAAAGUGGAGCGCAGUAUGCGGAUGCUUGAUAGUUUGUCUUCUGAGAAGGCUCGCUGGGAAGCUGGAAGUCAGACAUUCGACGAAGAGAUGAGCACUAUUGUUGGCGAUGUUCUGCUCUCAGCAGCAUUCCUUGCGUAUGGUGGAUUCUUUGACCAACACUACCGGGAAGUGAUGUGGCAUGAAUGGUCGCACCACCUUCACGAAGCACACAUCAAGUACAAGGCGGAGUUGGCAUUCCCUGAGUAUCUGUCAACGGCGGAUGAACGCUUGAGCUGGCAGUCCAAGUCAUUGCCCUCAGAUAGCCUCUGCAUCGAGAAUGCCAUCAUGCUUAAGCACUUCAACCGUUACCCUCUCAUUAUCGAUCCUACUGGUCAAGCCACGACAUUCCUCUUGAACGAGUACAAAGACAGGAAGAUCACUGUUACUAGCUUCCUCGACGAUGCUUUCCUCAAAGUAUUGGAGAGCGCACUUCGUUUCGGUAACCCUCUCUUGAUCCAGGAUGUCGAGCAUUUAGAUCCCAUUUUGAAUGCCGUUCUCAACAAGGAGAUCAGGAGGACGGGUGGUCGUGUCCUUAUACGGCUUGGCAGUCAGGAUAUCGACUUCUCUCCAUCGUUUACGAUGUUCCUUUCCACUCGAGAUCCAUCGGUGGAAUUCUCACCCGACAUCUGUAGUCGAGUUACCUUCGUUAACUUUACGAUGACUCGCAGCAGUCUCCAGAGCCAGACCUUGGACCAAGUAUUGAAGGUCGAAAGGCCGGACACUGAACGCAAGAGGACUGACCUCAUGAAGUUGCAGGGAGAAUUCCGGUUACGAUUAAGGACACUGGAGAAACUCCUUCUGCAAGCCUUGAACGAGUCCACUGGUAACAUAUUGGACGACGAUAAGGUUAUCAACACCUUGGAGACGCUUAAGAAGGAGGCUGCUGAGAUUACAAGGAAGGUUGAGGAAACGGAUGUUGUCAUGCGUGAAGUGGAACAAGUCACUUCUGAAUACCUACCUAUCGCGCAAGCGUGCAGUUCGGUGUUCUUUAUCCUUGAACAGCUAAAUCUCAUCAACCACUUCUAUCAAUUCUCGCUCUCAUUCUUCCUCGACAUUUUUGACUUUAUCUUGCACCAUAACCCCAACCUCCAGAAUGUCACUGACUAUACCAGUCGACGACGGAUUUUGUUUGAUGACCUAUUCCUCGUGGUGUUCAAGCGCACAUCCCGCGCACUCUUGCAUCAGGAUCAUGUCAUGUUAGCUAUGCUUCUCGCGCAAGCCAAAUAUCGUGGAAUGGAGGAACUCACAGACGAGUAUGAGUUCUUGCUUGAGAGUGGUCAGGGUGUUCUCGCUCCAGGUGCUGGUGGCGAAUCAUCCGAUAUUGCCAUUCUAUCGGCUGAACAACACGAGCGUCUUGACAACUAUGCUAAGCAUCCGAUGUUCAAACCCGUGCUCGACAGCAUUAGGAGCAACGAGAGUGAUUGGGUGCCUUUCUUGCAAUCUUCUGAGCCCGAAAAACACGCCCCAUUCCCGUGGGAACCAACAUCGCCUAUCAUCAAGGCGCUUCGCUACGUUCUGUUGAUCAAAUGUUUCCGUCCGGAUCGUCUCGUAUCGUCAAUGGAUACCUUCGUUCGGCUUGCUUUCGAGAAGGAUCUGUCAAUGGAGUCCGACUAUAACCUCGCGGAUGUAGUUGCAAAGGAGGUACCUCCAGUUACACCGAUUUCCCUCGUAUCUGUCACCGGUUACGACGCCAGUUAUCGUGUCGAAGGUCUUGUUCAGACGUCUGGUGUGAAAUGCUCCUCUGUCGCGAUGGGAUCACAAGAGGGCUUUGCCUUAGCAGAUCAAGCAAUCGCAGUGGCAGCUCGACAGGGUACCUGGGUGCUCUUGAAGAACGUACAUCUUGCACCGUCAUGGCUCGGUCAACUGGAAAAGAAGUUGCAAACCUUAAAUCCAAAUCGCAGUUUCCGCUUAUUCUUGACUAUGGAGGCCAAUCCAGUCAUUCCUGUGAACAUUCUCCGCCAAUCUCGUGUCAUUAUGAAUGAGCCUCCUCCAGGAAUCAAGGCUAACCUCCUGGAUUCACUUCGUGGUAUUCCGCAAAGUAGGCUCGCUCAAGGGCCCGCUGAGAAAUCGCGACUAUACUUCCUCCUUGCCUGGUUCCAUGCCGUUGUUCAAGAACGGUUGCGUUAUGCUCCUCUCGGCUGGAGUAAGAAGUACGACUUCAACGACUCUGACAUGAGCGCGGCAUUCGGAACGAUAGAUGUCUGGUUGAAUUCUAUUGCCAAGGGCAGAGCCAACGUAGACCCAGUCUCUGUUCCUUGGGAUGCCGUUCGGACUCUUAUCAAGCAAUCCGUCUAUGGAGGUCGUAUCGACAGUGACUUCGACCAAAAGUUGUUGGACACGUUUGUUGAUUCCCUCUUCACGCCAGCUGCAUAUAAUUUGGACUUCGAUCUUGUGCCACGUUCUGAUGGGAAAACGAUAUUGGCCGUGCCAGAAGGAACAAAGAUAGAUCACUUCCUGUCCUGGGUACAGAAUCUGCCUGACCGGGAACCGCCUUCGUGGUUGAGUCUUCCCCCAACAGCUGAGCGCGUUAUUGCCCUUGCUCAAGGCAAUGAUUUGCUGAUCAAGCUACGCAAGAUGAAGAGUCUGGCUGAUGAUGACGAAGACGAUAUUAAACCUGUCGGACCUGCACAGUCUCAAACCGCUGAACAGCCAGCAUGGAUGCGAUCACUUUCGGAGCACUGCCGAGAAUGGUUAGCAUUAUUACCAGAGAACUUCAACACGCUCGCGAAACAAGCAGUGGAGAACCAGGAUCCAUUGAAUAGGUUAUUCUUGCGUGAAGGCGAGAUUGGUCGCAAACUUCUCAACCAAGUCCAAAGAGAUCUAGGCGACGUCAUAAAGGUUUGCGAAGGCGCGCUCAAGCAGACGAACCAUCUUCGCGGCCUCUUAAGUCACCUUACGAAGGGAACCAUUCCAACGCAUUGGUUAAGAUAUAAAGUCAAGAAGACAACGUCUGUGUCGGAAUGGAUCCCGAAUCUUGCAAGACGUCUCGCGCAGCUGGAUCGGAUUGCGGGUCUUGACACUUUGAACAAUGUUGAAGUUUGGCUGGGCGACUUGUUCUUCCCUGAAGCGUAUGUUACAGCGACUCGUCAAGCAGUCGCACAUCGCAAGAAGUGGAGCUUAGAAACGCUUGACUUGAGACUUGAUAUCGAACGAGUAAAUGACCCAAGUGCAUUUAUUGUGGAUGGUCUCGUGCUUGAGGGUGCCUCUUGGUCAUCCGACAAGCUUACACUGAACAAUGGCGAGAAUGUACGUCUCAACCCGUCUCAAAUACGAUGGGUUCAGGUCGACCCCAAUGAAGACGUAUCCCACAUGGUGACACUACCUGUUUAUCUCAACAAUGACCGAAGCAACGUCCUAUUCACGAUUAAGCUUCCCUUCAAUGGCAUUGAUGGCCAGCUCGUUGCUAUGCGUGCUGUAUGUCUCACAGCAGACGGUUAAGUUAGACGCUGUCUCCUAGAUGCUAGAUGCUUAUGACUUUUAUGAUUAUAUACCAUUACCCUCGCUAUCCUUAGCCAUGCCAUUUUGAUACCGUAUUCUACGUACAUUACACAUUCGUUAAACUUGUUUUGCUGUUGCAUGGAAUAGAUCGGAUUAUUUGUGCUUCUAAUACGAAUGAAAUUAC